CGCCAAGUUGGAUUGUCGCGUCGAUGCGAAGCCCAUGGUCUCGAAUGUUCGUUGGACUCGCAAUGGCCAGUAUGUCAGCACCACACCCACACAUACGAUUUAUCGUGUCAGUCGCCACCACGCUGGUAAAUAUACCUGCACUGCCGACAAUGGACUGGGUAAAACAGGCGAAAAAGAUUUGGUCUUAGAUGUGCUCUAUCCACCCAUUGUGGUCAUUGAGACCAAAACACAUGAGGCCGAAGAGGGUGAAACUGUUGUGGUGCGAUGUAAUGUAACUGCAAAUCCAUCGCCUGUCACUAUCGAGUGGCUCAAAGAAGGGGCUCCAGAUUUUCGCUUUACUGGCGAGCAACUAACAUUGGUUUCGGUGAGAGCGGAGCAUGCCGGGAAUUACAUCUGCAGAGCGGUGAACUUGAUGCAACCCUAUGGCACAAAACGAGUUGAGGGAGUGGGCAAUUCCACUGUGGCUUUGCUGGUGCGCCACCGACCCGGUCAGGCCUACAUCACGCCCAAUAAGCCAGUGGUGCAUGUGGGAAAUGGUGUAACCUUGAGUUGUUCAGCUAGCCCUCCAGGUUGGCCUGUGCCGCAGUAUCGUUGGUUCCGUGACAUGGAGGGCGAGUUUAGCAACACGCAGAAAAUUUUAGCCCAAGGACCCCAGUAUUCCAUUCCCAAGGCUCACUUGGGCAGUGAGGGCAAAUAUCAUUGUCAUGCCGUCAAUGAAUUGGGCAUGGGGAAAAUGGCCACCAUUACCUUGGAGGUACAUCAGCCUCCACAAUUCAUAGCCAAACUGCAGCAGCAUAUGACACGCCGCGUUGGCGACUUGGAUUAUGCUGUGACGUGUAGCGCAAAAGCCAAGCCGGCUCCCAUUAUCCGAUGGAUAAAAGAUGGAACGGAGGUAUUGCCCGGUCGCAAAAUGUUCGAGAUACGAACAACUCCAACUGAGACUUCCAAUGGCGUGGUCACUGUACAGAGUAUUUUGAAGUUUCGAGGGAAAGGACGUCCCACCGGCAAUCAACUGGUUCCCUCGGACCGUGGCCUAUACACAUGCCUGUAUGAAAACGAAGUCAACUCGGCCAACUCGAGCAUGCAUCUGCGCAUAGAACACGAACCCAUCGUCCUGCACCAAUACAACAAAGUGGCGUAUGAUGUGCGUGAAUCAGCUGAAGUGCAGUGCAAAGUCCAAGCUUAUCCCAAACCAGAAUUUCAAUGGCAAUUCGGAAACAAUCCCUCCCCUCUGACCAUGUCCUCUGAUGGCCACUAUGAAAUCAGCACCAGAGUCGACAACAAUGACAUCUACACAUCAAUUUUAAGAAUAAAUCACCUAUCGCACUCCGAUUACGGCGACUACUCUUGUCGAGCGGUAAAUCCACUCGACACCAUACGAACACAGAUACGUCUUCAGCCCAAAGGUCCGCCGGAGAGGCCUACAUCUCUAAAGGUAUUAGAAACAUCGCACAACUUUGUCAUUAUCAGCUGGAUACCGGGAUUCAAUGGCGGCAUGAUGAGCACAAAGUUUCUGGUAACCUAUCGUCGAGUACCCACCCCCAAAGAACAGCUGCUCUCCGAUUGUAGCGCUGUCCAUAGCUAUGUCUUCUCCGGUGGGAUGGGCUCGCCUGAGUGGUUGGAAUUUGACUGUUUUCGGGACAAUCCUUGCAAGGUAACCCCGUUGGAUCAACAUCAAAGUUAUAUGUUCAAGAUAUAUGCCCUCAAUGCGAAAGGCAGUUCGGGUUACUCAAACGAAGUGCAGGCCACCACAAAGGUGAGCAAAAUACCACCACCGCUGCAUGUGACCUACGAUCCUAAUUCACAUGUAGUGGGCAUUAACAUAGCCGCCACCUGCUUGUCUCUAAUUGCAAUCGUCGAAUCGCUAGUAAAUCGUGAGUCACCCAUGGCAACUUGGGAAGUUGUUGACAACAUAUCCUUGUUGCCUUCGGGCAAAGAGGCAACCUUCAGGGAGACCACAAUUAAUCACAUUGUCCAGAGACCUCAUUACAGCAUAUCGGGGCAUCGAACGGCUGUGGGACAUGCAGAGGAUAUGACGCUUGCUUUGGCCGAAAACAAGCAAGCAAGUCCAGCGGUGCGUGUAAAAUUGUGUUUGCACUCCAACCGCGACCACUGCGGCGAAUAUGCGAAUGCUGAGAUUGGAAAAUCAUAUCUACCCGAGAAGUCAACCCUGACUACAUCUGCGAUUGUGGCCAUAGUUAUAGCGUCUGUAACAUUUCUGCUCUUUGCAGCAUUCACAAUAAUGCUGUGUCGCUGCAGGCGUUCGGCAACGGCUACAAAGAAGUCAACAAAUACGGCUGCCAAAGAAUAUGACCUAGAUUCGGGACGGCCAUCGAUUGUGGCCCAAACUAGUGGCCAACAACAGCAGCCACCACCACCGCCCUACUAUCCAACGGGCAGCUUAGAUAGUAAAACACUUGACACGCAUGCCAUGGAACUGACACUAACGGCCGUCCACGAUCCCGACGACCAACUGCAUCACCAGCAACAACAACAACAAGUGCAGCACCAACAACAUCACCAGCAACAACAAAACUCAACGACUAACUCUUCUCUUUAUGGGAGUCAAAAUGGUUACGGUUAUCACAUGACAAGUGCCAUCGGUGUUGAAGGGGACAGCUAUCAAGUGAUACCAUCAUCCGGCCUACACACAUUAACAGGCGGUCCAGAGUGGUCUUCUCUUCACUAUCCCUCAUCUGAGAACAAUUACACGAAUUCCAGCAGUAUUUGUGCUAGUAUUGGCAGUAAUCAGGACACACUGUGGCGAAUGAAAAUGUCAGCGGCUGCCGCAGCAAAUGCAGCCUCCAUGCAACAACAGCAGCAGCAACAUCCUUCGACACAGAUUUACAUUGAAAGAACACCGUCCGCAUUCAGCAGCUGUGGCAGUGGUGGUGGUGGUGUUGGCAUUGGUGCUGAUCCACUAACGCAAUAUGUCGUCGACUACGUCGGAUUUCCGGUGCCACCACCACCACACAUAACAUCAGUUACUGCUUCCGGAAGUCAACACAGUUUUCAAAGUGGCAGCAGCCACAAUGUGCCAAGUUUAAGUGCUGCUACUGCAUCCUCCCAGUCCAGCACCACUACCAAUUCCACAAGCUCAACCACCACACCCAUUGCAACCGGUGCAUCGAACAACUGCACCACUCUUCAAAGGCAAGAGAAGAAGCAACUCAAGGAUUCAUCGAAUCAGCCGGCAAUAGCAUCACAACGUUAUGGCACCCUAAAGAAAUCAACCAAGCAUCACUCCCAACACACAGCCGCGGGAGCAACAACGCAAACAUCCAUGGACCACAGCCAGCUGGGUAAGUGGACAAAGCCGAAAUCUAAAAAUUGAAGAAGUGCUCCACUCCUGUGAUGGUCAAAAUGUAUCAACCCAACUCCCCAAUAAACCACCACAGCCGCAAUCCAUCGCUGGCGAGGGGAAUCGACCAGCAGUGGCAUUUCAACCCUCCGCCAAUGGCGGCUCCGUUCAUGUUUCACUUCACUUAUUAAUAAUUAAGUUACCGAUGCGGAUUCAGAUUGGAAUAUUUGUUUUAAUUUUUUAUCGAUUUCCUUGGCUUUUAUUUAAUUCGCACAAGAAUAUUUGCUGAGUUACGAAAUUUUAAUUGAAAACAUAUUUUUUCAACUCCAUUAAUGGGGCGAUAGGCAACUAAAGGCGAACGCUUUAGUUGCUUUGGCUGUGCAUUUUUUACUCGAUGGCAACAUAAAUCAU